AUGCGGGCGAUCGCGCGCCGGAUGGCUUCUGGUGCGGCGGACAGUUGCGUUUGCGCGCGACGUCCGUCCGGCACCGGCGGGGGCAACCCCAAAUCUCAGGUCCGGUCGAUUGACGACGAGCCGUGUAACAUUUUGGGUACGCCGCGACGGCCGUCGAUUCGUUCGCACGCACGGCGAUCCGACGCGUCGGCGUACGGACGCGCGAAACUGUGGCGCAGGACGGCCGCGGGACCGGAACGGCGCGAUCGAAAAUGGAACGUUAACGCGGGUUUUUUGUUUUUUGUUUUUCGUCCCGUUCUCGGUGUUUCGGGAUCGGAACCGGCACCGCCGGCAGACUGGACGGCGUGA